UGAAUCUUUGUUCAUUUGCUUACUCCGUACCGUCAUUGCCGUCAUCCAUGGAAGCUCCUCCGGAAGGUUACAGAAGAAACGUGGGAAUCUGUCUCAUCAAUCCUUCUAAUAAGAUCUUUGCAGCUUCGAGGCUUGAUGUUCCUGGCACCUGGCAAAUGCCACAGGGUGGUGUUGAUGAGGGCGAAAAUCCAAGAAACGCUGCUAUCAGAGAAUUGAGAGAAGAAACAGGAGUUACAUCUGCUGAAGUUCUUGCAGAGGUUUCAUAUUGGUUGACUUACGAUUUUCCACUGGAGGUAAGAGAAAAGAUUAAUCGUCAAUGGGGAUCAGACUGGAAAGGUCAAGCGCAGAAGUGGUUUCUUCUUAGAUUCACUGGAAAGGAGGAAGAGAUAAACCUUUUGGGUGAUGGAACUGAAAAGCCAGAGUUUGGGGAGUGGUCAUGGGUAACUCCGCAACUAGUAGUUGAACUUGCAGUCGAUUUCAAGAAGCCUGUUUAUGAGGAAGUUUUGAAAGCCUUCAGUCCCUAUCUUCAGUCAGAUUCAUCUAGACAAGAGUUAUAGACAGUUCUAAGUGCAGAGAGGUGACUGAAAUCCAGCCUGGAAUUUGCUGAUCCAACAUAAUGGGUAUACUAGCAGUUUCCAUGAAUUGUGUGUGAACAAUCUACUUACAUCUGUAUUCAUGUUCUCUGUGCCUGAACUUCCUGGUGUAAAUCAGCCCAAAAUCCAAGUUUAUUAGUUUAUUCAAUGUUCUACCAAGU